UUGUAAGUUGUCUGUAAAAUACUCCUUUUCCCCCUCCCCUUUUAGGCAUAUUGGUUCGCAAAUAUUCAAUUCAUACAUAUUAUAAUCCAAUAUUACCAACAAAUCUUGUUUUUCUUCUUCUUCUUUAGAUGGAUUCAGUAAAUCGACAUGAUGUGACCCCUAGUAAGACCAGAUUGGCUCGUGCUUUUGCUAACGUUUUGCAUAUUGGAGCUAUGGCAGGAAGAAAUCGAAGGCUAAAAUCUCAAGAUAAGUUCAAAAAUGAAGUUCAAAAAGUAGAGAAUUGCAUACCAGAUCGAGCAGCUAUAGAAGCUUUACUAGCGAAGCUGUUCGCGAACAUUUCAGCUAUUAAAGCUGCAUAUGCCUUGAUGCAACACGCUCAAUCUCCAUACGACCCUGAUUUUAUUCUAUCUGCUGAUGAAAUGAUCGUGUCCGAGUUGAAAAAUUUGUCUGAAUUAAAACAAUCUUACUUGGAGUAUCAAUUUGAUGAUCGCUCCCCAGAUACCACUCGAGUUCUAGCAGAAAUUAAGGAGCAGAAGAGCAUUGUAACAACGUACGAAAUCAUGGGAGAUAAGUUGGAUUCUCAGCUUAAACUCAAAGACUCUGAAAUUAUAUUUCUCAAAGAGAAAUUGGAUGAGGUUAAUAAAGAGAACAAUUUGCUUGAAAAGAAAUUGAGUUUAAUUGACAACUUUCAUUUGUCAAAAUUAAGUAUCAACAAUUUUACUCUCUUCUUUCGAAAAACAAUCAAAACGAUUUGGAGCUUUGUUGCAUUGUUCUGUAGAGAAAUGGAAUAUGCAGGGUGGGAUUUAGAUGCUGCAGCCUUGUCUAUUCAACGGGAUACAAUAUUCUCAAAACCAAAUGACAAAUAUUACGCGUUUGAAUCAUUUGUUUGUCAGGAGAUGUUUGAUGAUUUCAAUGAUCCAUACUUUUCUGUUUAUAACGAGUCCAUGACAGAGCAGACGAAACGAUCAAAUGUAUUUUUCUUCAACAAAUUCUUGGAAUUGAGAUCUGUUAUCACAGCAGAUUAUUUAGCCAGGAAGCAAAAAUCUACAUUCGCGAGAUUUUGUCGUUCAAAGUACUUGAAACUCAUCAAUCCCGAAAUGGAAAUAUCCCUUUUUGGCAAUUUGGAUCAUAGAAAUUUACUGAAUUCUGAUGAGUAUCCAAAGACACAUUUCUUUUACACAUUCAGUGAAAUGGCAAAGCAUAUUUGGUUACUCCAUUGUCUUGCCUUUUCUUUCAGCCCCGAAGCUUCCGUAUUUCAAGUGAGGAAAGGGUGUAGAUUUUCCGACGUUUACAUGGAAAGUGUGAACAGAGAAGAAACAUUCUUUAUGUCCAAUGGAUCAUCUGAAACUGAACUUCAUGUAGGGUUCACAGUGAUUCCGGGGUUCAGGGUUGGCAAAAGUGUUGUUCAGUGUCAAAUAUAUCUCUGUUGAUGAAUUUUUCUUUAGAUGGAGUGUCUUUCUGUUUUUGACAUUCCCUCAAAAAAGAUUUUUUAUACUAGGUAGACAGUUAUAUAUGGAGGAAUUUUUAGUUGAACAUUGACAA